GGGGGAGCUGUGAAUAAACUACCCCUUUUUGUUUCAUUACCUUCAAUUUUCUUUGUUCGGUAGAAAAAAACUACCGAACACAGACAACCCCCCCUAGCUCAUUAACUACAAAGCAGACCGCAAGUUAAGUGCUCUCUCUGUGUGGCCGCCGUGCAGGAGAAAAUGUCGGCCAUCUUGUUUGUACGAAAGAAGGCAGCGGGACUUGGUCGUCGAGUGUCUGGAUCUGAAAUUGGACACUCGUCUUCCUGAACACUGGUCAACUUCACGAACACCUACUUCCUUUCACCGACCAGCCAGGAGAGCGCUAUUCGGUAGGGUUGUUCCCACGAACUAGGGGAACAAACGCUACCUAUGAGUCAGGGGAACGGUUCGUGGAUUUGUUCAGUUUUAGACUUGUCGAAAUAGACCAACCGUACAGCCUAAUUUCAUGGAUUUCUUUCUGGGCAGGAGCCUUGUGUGCGGUCGGUCAAAUUAAGACUACCAUGGAACGCCUGAACCCCUGAACUGAUGUUGGUCCCCCAGAUCAGAGCUAUUAGGGGAUACAUUUGUGGGCGUCUCCAUGGACUUUGGGGUACUUUCUGAGUUUUGUGAAAAUGGUGUGGGUUUUUUUUUUUUGUGUGUGUGUGUGUUUCGGGAGAUAAUCGAGUUUAGUAUAGUGCUUGACUCAAUUAUCUCCCCAGUACAGGGGAAAGAUUAUAUUAUUGUAUGUAGGAGUGUCCUGGUCCAGUGGGGAAUGCUCCUGAAAUAUGUCAACUGAAACCCUGUAAAUUGGUAACUGUAUAUAAACCAGGCGGUUAGCCUGAAUAAACCAUUCCUGUUAUACCCUUCAUCUAGUUUAGACUGAUGUUUGGGUUUUCGUCUGAUUUACUUGGGAAAUAUACUUGGCUGCUGUACUUUGUUUCCUCCCGAACUGCUGGAGGCUAACGGACGAAUGGUUAUCUGCAAUACCAGUGCUCGUUACAGUUGCAAACUCCCAUCACCCUUAACCCUGAGCAUUUAAUUAUUGCAGUUUCUAUAAACUCCUCCUCUAGUGGCUGUCUACCGGGAAUCAAAACUGACCUUUGGAAUUUUGGACGUCCUCACGCUCUGCAUGGGGACUUCAGCAUCAGAUUUUUUUCCCCAUAGGAAAGCAUUGAAUAAUACUUUCCUAUGGGGAAAUCCUAAUGCGAGCAUAGUCCAGGUAAGUGACCAAAAGGGUUAUAAACCCAGUCCGCUCCCUGGGAGGGGGCCUUAAAAGAGGGAAGCUAGAGUGCCAGGAAAACGAGUUUGUGUUCCUGGCACUAUAGUUUUUCUUUUAAUAAAGAGGUCUAAAACUAUUAUUCCAAGAUCAGCUGUGAUUUUCAUUGGAUGCUUCCUUUAGGUGGCAGAGCCCUAUGAUACCAAUUCAGAGCAUUUCAUAAUUUGUGUGACUCUGUCCAUGAGAGGGCAGCAUCAUUACAACAAUAGUGCCAUUCAAAAUGUUUCCUUUGGGGCUCUGAAUCUUCACUUCCAACAUUUCUCAACCGACUAACAGUAAUUGGAGCUAGGGGCUACAUAAGGUUAAACCUCACACUCUGGAAAGACUCCGGCUUAGAGCUUUGAUUGUAGUGCCCCUUGCCGCAGUUAUGCGUUCCACUGUAAAUAAAUGCUAGCACACAAAACCUUACAUUUGAUGUGAUGCUGGUUAGUUGUGUGUUGCCUGUUUGUAGGACCUGGUUUUAUGCCAUGUCAUCAACACCUGAGAAUCCACUAUGUAAGCAGUCUUGGACCAUCACAACUUUACUAAUAUUUUCUUAGAAUAUCGGUACUCCAAUCUAGAUGUUUUAAAUUCUUCUUGUGCCGAACUCUUCUCUGAUGAUAAUGCUGCCCAUGUUUUCACAGGCCCAAGUUCUGGGGCAGUGGAUGACAUGCUGGAUGUAGAAAACAAGCGCCUCACUGAGAAUCUAUCCACGAAGGUGACUAGGCUGAAAUCGGUAAGUAUACAGAGUGAGGGAGAUAUUCAGAAGCUUCAGCCUCCACCACUAUCAAUUAUCAGCAUUAAACAUAAUAAACUCUAUUUAAUUAACACAUGCAUGUCUACCUGCAGCUUGCCCUGGACAUUGACAGAGAGGCUGACGACCACAACAAGUACCUGGAUGGAAUGGUGAGACUAUGCCGAGUAAUACAUGUCCAUUCUCUCAUGUAUUUGGCAUUAUUCUAGGGAUGGAAUUCUAUAGAUUAGAAAACAUCCGGGUUUCUAGGUGUGUUUGAUCUCUAGCUGCUCUUAUCCUCUGCAAGAUAUAGAGCAUGGCAAAUGGUAGUUCUUCAGCUGUUUGUAACUACAACUCCCAUGAUUCUUUGUAAACCAGCUGUAUUUCUAUAACAAACCGGCUACAACUAAUAUGACCUGUGGUAAUCACAAUGUUUCUCUUUGUUCUGUAGGAUUCUGAUUUCAUGAGUGUGACCGGUCUUCUUAGUGGCACUGUGAAACGUUUCACAGGGAUGACUCGUUCAGGACGUGAUAAUCGCAAGAUAUUAUGUUAUAUUUCAGUCGGACUUGUUGGAUUGUUCUUUCUAUUGUACUACUUAGUAUCUCGGGCCAGCACGUGAAGGUGGCUCUCCACACCACCCCAAAAAGACAUUCCAAAUGCACAGUACCUGAUGACCCACAACGUGAGAUGGAAUAUGCCAGCUGAUGUGUAGAAAAAGGGGUCUUGGCACUUUAUGAAAUUCCCUCAAAAAGCAGGGUACUUCGUCUAACAAUCAAUCUUAUACACCUAAUCCAGUAACCAUAACAAAUUUCAUCUAAAUUGUGAUUUGAGAUGAAUACUUUGAAUCAACUAUAUCUAGAAAAAAAUAUUAAUUUCUAUCCAGUUUCUACAAACUUAUAUCAGUAUGUAUUUUAUGCAAACCAAGUUAAUUUAUUCAUAGGCUUCAUUAUUUUAAAACUACCUUUCCAUAUACCAGGUAUAUUUUUCAAGUACAAAUAAAAAUGUUUUUUUUUUUUUUUCUGUGUUUAAAUAGAAGUGCAGUUCUAAAAUGCUCAAAUAUAAAAUGACGAGAUGGGUAAACCAUGCUAUUUAUAAUUAUGUCCAUAAUGAGGACAUUCCAAGCUGUCUUUACUAAAAGAUAAAAGGGGUCAAUGGCCCAGGCCCCAGCGUGCAGAUUAGUCGACGAACUGAGCUGCUGCGGUAUGUGGUCCAGCUCUCCGUUCUGAGGAAGCAGCGCUCUCACACCUAGGGCUAUCUGACAGAGGAGAAAUGGGACACUGAGUACUGCCAAGGGGCUUCUCUUGAUAAAUAUUUUUUUUUUUUUUUCUUUCAAUCUUUUUAGUUUUUUUCCACAGGUGCUGAUUUAUCUAAACUCUGCGAUUGGCUUGAAGGACACCCUUUUGUGAAUAGGGCCGUUAAUUUCACUAUAAUCAGAUCAAGGUGCAUGGUUAUAGUGCUUGUACUUUCCCAUUUUAAGUGAAAAUCAGAAUGUUUGUGCAGUUUAUUCUCACUUUAUUCAAAUUGGCUAUUUUUAUUUCAGCUGGCAUUUAUACAGUGUAUACAUACACUAAUGUGAGGCUAUAACAGAAAACAAAUAGUGCACAUCUUGUCCAGUUUACCAACCAGCAAAUUUUAUUUUUUAAACACUUGUGACAUUGGACGUCAUGAUGUUUAUAGGGUACAAGUUCCCUGGUGGCUUUGCCGUUUAGGAUUUGGGACCUUACUUGGCUACAGGUGGAACUCUGUAUAUAGUUUUGUACCAUGCCUCU